UUUCACAACUUACUGUCAACAAUCCACUGGUCACAGGAGACAGUUCAAUCGCUAAACGAUUCGAGGUUUCGAAAGUAGAACUACGCGCAAAAUUAGCCAUGCCUCGUGGAUACUAGUACUGAUGGCAAUGGUACAAGUACACGUGCCUCCUUUUACUGCGGCCAGUCCACAGGCUCUCUUAAAGCUUAAUAGAAACUGAACUUAUUUUCAAGCUCUCGUGUUUGUCUUGUCUGACUGCGGGAACAUUCCAGAACUUCUUUGAUUCCAAGAAAGCGUGACUUUAGCAAAAGUUCGUCUCUGCGUCUGAAUUCGAGGUGAACUUGGUAUCAAUUGUCUGGGCCUAAAUCACUGAUUGACUUUAAACACAAGAAAUGGUGAACACAGAGAAGAAUCCAGAAGUGGUUUCCCCCCCACCCCCCUAUACACCAGCCGGACAGCCUCCUGUCUCAGCUCAGCCAGGUCAACAACCUCAACCUGGUAGCCCCGCUCAACCUGGAUAUCCAGCCCAGCCUGGUUACCCAGCCCAGCCUGGCUACGCAGCCCAGCCUGGUUACCCAGCCCAGCCUGGUUACAUAGCCCAGCCUGGUUACCCAGCCCAGCGUGGUUAUCCAGCACAGCCCGGGCAGUAUCCACCUCAGCAUGGGUAUCCACCGCAGUCUGGUUACCCGCUGCCUCAGCCAGUUUACGCUCCACAGUCCGUCCAAGAAGUUCAGCAAAGUAACAUUGAAAUCAAUAUUGGCGCCCCGGCUACCCAGACUGUCGUCGUGGCGGCCAAUCCUCGUCCUCCAAAUCACAUGUGCUGGUCUGUGUUCAACUUCCUUUGCUGCGCAUGGCCCAUAGGACUGGCUGCUGUUGUGUUUUCUUGCAUGGUUGACAGCUCAUAUAAUGCAGGAGAUUACAAUGGUGCCUUGAGGAACUCAAACAUUGCUAGGUGGCUCAACGUUGUAUCUAUCAUUGGAGGAAUCAUCAUAUACAUCAUUAUCUUCACCAACAUUUCAUAUAGCAACUAGACGUCUGCUAUGUGGACGUAGUUUAUAGUUUACAGAAUAAAAGAAGUAAGAACAGUAAUGUAGAGCUCAUUUGCCGAGUCAGCGGUUUUUUCCCGAUUGCAGAAUUUUAGUCAUUUAACAUUUACUAUGCUGUACGUCUAACAAAGUGUUUAUCGUAACAUGAUUUAGACAGUUAGAAAUCAAUGAUUUCAAUCGAAUAGUUUUAAUUCUUUCUAACAAUCUUAAAACCUCAGAGCCGUUACAUUUUACAGUUAAAGUUACAUUUUACAGGUAAGGAGUAGUUUUUACAGCUUGUCGCUGAAACCAGAAUGGAUCUUCUUUCGUGUUCUUACAGUUUUAGUAGUAGAUUUUUGAUUUUACCAUCGCGUCACGUCUAGCAUGCAGAUGGAUGGAGGACUAUCAGCUUUUUUUAUUCACGCUACAGUCUUUUUCUCUUUGUAUUGAUUUUUAGCGUUUGAGCAAUAAAAGUUUAACGUGUGUUUAGUAUA